CGAGCCCGCUGAACUUCUGCCAGCAGACGGUCGUCACACAGCCGCACGGCGAGCACAGCCCAGCAGAUACUGCUCCGUAGAAUUAGGCCGGCUGUAAUGCGGGAUUUGCCAUUGGAUCCGUUCGGACAUCCAUCUCUAGUUUCGCCACAGCCACUUGGACAAAGCAAGUCCCUCUUCCGGCAAUCGAACACGCUCCAGCGGUGGAGUAAGAAGGAAGCCGUGAAGGCAAAGCGCCCUGAACUUCCUUCGGACCUUCAGCCGCGUCAUCACGGAUGUCUCUCAUCCACUUUCCAAUCGAGGAAGAUCGAUCAUCCCUGACUCGAAAGGCGAUGGGAUGGCCGUGGCGGUCAUAGCACCCGUUCAAGCCCAAGCCCAAGCCAGCUGGACGGGGCAAAAAAAUU